AUGGAGGAUAAACAAAAGCUGGUGGAGGCUGAGUCCGUCAAGAAAUUCGCCUUCUUCGGCGUGGCAGUGAGCACUGUCGCCACUUUGACAGCCAUUGUUGCAGUGCCUAUGCUCUGCAUGUACAUGCAAAAUGUGCAAUCCUCGCUUCAAGAUGAAUUGAACUUCUGCAGAACACGUGCUGACGGACUCCGUGGAGAAUACACUAAGCUCGAGUCGUACAGAAGUGGAGAGAAGGAACGUGAGAAGCGUCAAGCUUACCAAUGCUGCUCAUGCGGAGUUGGACAAGCUGGGCCACCUGGACCACCCGGACAGGAUGGAGCUCCUGGAAACGAUGGACGUCCCGGAAACCCCGGACAAAACGGUCCCGAUGCCACCGAUGACAGUGCCAAGCCAACCCGUGACGACUUCUGCUUCAUCUGCCCCAAGGGACCCGCUGGACCACCUGGCCCAUCCGGACCAAAGGGACCCAACGGACAGCCCGGAGAGGCCGGAGAUGCCGGACCAGCUGGACGCCCCGGAUCAGCUGGACCCCCUGGCCCACCUGGAGCUCCCGGAGAGCCUGGAAACCCUGGAUCCCAAGGACCACCCGGACCUCCUGGACAGACCAGAACCGUCCCGUCGCCACCCGGAGCACCCGGACCAUCUGGAUCACCAGGACCCCAAGGACCACCCGGACCCGACGGAAAGCCCGGAAACCCUGGACGCGAUGGACAACCUGGACCAAUGGGAGAGCCUGGAGCCGAUGGACAACCCGGAAACCCUGGACCCAACGGAGAGAACGGAAACGCUGGAGCCGACGGACCAAAGGGAUCUUGCGACCACUGCCCACCACCACGUACCGCCCCCGGAUAU